CAUUGAGUUGCAAGAUCGCGCGCGCGUCAUGACGACUCCCGGGACGCACGGGGCGAUGGCGGCCGCCUUCCUGUUGGCGGCGCUAUGCUGGCGAGCCGCCGUCGACGCGUCGGCCUACGAUAAGAUCGUUAGCCACAGCCGCAUCAGGGCCCGUAACGAAGGGCCCAACGUGUGCGCCCUGCAACAGGUUCUGGGAACCAAGAAGAAAUACUUCAGCACAUGUCGCAACUGGUACAAAGGCGCCAUCUGUGGCAAGAAGGCCAUGGUGGUUUACGAGUGCUGUCCCGGUUACAUGAGCCUAGAAGGCAUGAAAGGAUGUCCUGCAGUGGCUCCAAUCGACCACGUGUACGGCACGCUGGGUCUAGUGAAGGCGCUGGACACGCAGCGAUACGCCGACCUCUCCAAACUGAGGGAAGAGAUUGAGGGCAAAGGAUCCUUCACCGUCUUCGCGCCCAGCGACGAGGCCUGGAACCAGCUGGACUCUAGCGUCCGCUCGGCACUGGUGAGCAACGUGAACAAGGAGCUGUACAAUGCUUUACGCUUGCACAUGGUCAACUCGCGGCUGCUGACCAAAGACAUGAAGGACGGCUUGCGCGUCAAGUCCAUGUACGACGACAUGGGCCUGCACAUCAACCACUACUCUAACGGGGUGGUGACGGUGAACUGCGCCAGGAUCAUCCACGCCAACCAGGUCGCCACCAACGGCGUGGUGCACGUCAUCGACCGUGUCAUCGGCGCCGUCACUAACACCAUCAAAGGCGUCCUGGACGUGGAAGACGAGCUGUCUUCUUUGAGUGCGGCCGCGUUGACCUCCGGCGUGAUGGACAAGCUGGACCGGCCGGGACACUACACACUGUUUGCCCCCACAAACGCCGCCUUUGAACGCUUGGGGCCAGGCUACCUAGAGCGCCUCAUGGGGGACAAGGACAUUAGUGCAGCCCUGGUGAACUACCACCUGCUGAAGAGCGUCCAAUGCUCCGAGGCCAUCAUGGCCGGUUCAGUGUACGAGACCGAGGAGGGCGGCGCCAUCGAAGUCGGGUGCGACGGCGACAGUCUGACGGUCAACGGCGUCAAGAUGGUGCUCAAGAAGGACAUCGUCACUACCAACGGCGUCAUUCACCUCAUCGACCAGGUUCUGGUGCCUGACUCGGCCAAAGACGUGAUGGAACUGUUGGGCUCCGGCCAGAGCACCUUCAACGACAUGGUGUCAGAACUGGGUUUAGCCGCCGCCUUAGGCCCAAAGACAGAGUACACGCUCCUCGCCCCCCUCAACUCCGCCUUCACCAGCGAGGUCAUGACGACCGACCAGACGCUGCUGAGGUACCUCCUGGAAAAUCACAUCUUGAAGCUGAAGGUCACUCUGAACGAGCUCUACAACGGCCAACUGCUGGAGACGCUUGCCGGGAAACUUCUGCGAGUCUUCAUCUACCGCACGGCGGUGUGCAUCGAGAACGCCUGCAUGGUUCGAGGAAGCAAGCAAGGAAGUAACGGCGCUCUCCACCUCGUCAGGACUAUCAUCAGACCCUCGGAAAAGACCGCUUAUGACAUCCUCAAAGCUGACGGACGCUUCACAAUUUUCCUUUCCCUGAUGGAGACGGCGGAACUGCUCGACCUUCUGAAGCAAGACGGCUCGUUCACCGUCUUUGCGCCGACGGACGAAGCCUUCGCCGACCUGGACGCGGAUGACAUGAAGCUGCUGAAAAGCGACCUGAACGCACUGAGGACCAUCUUGCUGUACCACGUCAGCCGUGACAUCUUUAUCAAUGGCGGCUUGGAAGGAGGCGUGACCAACCUACUGAGGACGCUGCAGGGCAGGAACCUGCAAGUUUUGUCCGUGAACAACUCCAUUCACGUCAAUUCCGUGGACGUACCGGACAGCGACCUGAUGGCCACCAACGGCGUAAUCCAUGUGGUGAACAACCUUCUCUAUCCGGCUGAUCUUCCCGUAGGCCGUCAAGACCUGCUGCUCCUCCUCAGCAAGAUCAUCAAGUACAUCAAGAUCAAGUUUGUGUCUGGGUUCUCUUAUGCCGAGAUACCGCUCACCUUUGUCAGGAGGACCAUCACAACAACAACAUACACUGAGAAAAUCCCCGAACAGACCCAAGUGAUCCGGAUUAUCGGAGAACAACCGUCGAUCACCGAGGUGGUCGAGGGCGAGCCCGCCAUCACCAAGGUAACGCGGGUAAUCGAAACGGAACCCACGGUCACCCGGGUGGUAGUGGACGGGGAGUCCACCAUCACCGAGGUAACUCGGGUCAUCGAAACGGAGCCCACCGUCACGCGGGUUGUGGUGCGGGGCGAGAGGGUCGUUGAGGGAGAGCCCUCCGUUACCAAGGUAACCCGGGUCGUCGGGGAGCCCGGCGUAACCAAAGUCACCAGAGUUAUCGAGGGUGGACAAAUGGCGUCAGAAGGGAUGACCAUCUCAGGUGGAGCGCUGUUCCCCGCGGAGUUCCAGCCGCAUAUCAUUGAGGGGCCCGACUUUUCUCGGAUCACCACAAUCCAUGGUGACCCCAGCCUGGUACAAAUGGAAUCUGAGAGGAUUACCAAACUCAUCCAAGAGGGCGGGAAGUUUGCCGCCGCCAGGAAGAGUCCAGACGGAAUGAGAAGAAGGAGGACACGCUUGGUCAAGCGUCACCGCAAGGCCACGCCCCAGUGAAGAACACCAGAGCCGCGAGUCGAGCGCCGACGAAUCGGAUUGCGGAUCGACCGACACGAAAAAGAGCUCAUCUCGGGUCUAUUUUUGUAUUUUAAUAAGAAAGGGAAAUAAAAGAUUGCUGUGCGUGAAUACUACCACGUGCGCACAUCGAUGUUUGCUGUGAUCAAAAAAGUGACAUGAAACAUGACGUAUUUGGGCGGUGCUCGUAUUCACCGCAAAGGAUGCCUGGAUUUUUUUUUUUGCUGCAAUACGUUCUGUAAAUUAUCACAAAGUCAAUAAAAUACA